CAUAUGACACUUCACAAAUCACACCCCUUCGACUGAUUAGCCGCAUAGCGCCGCUCGGUUCGCCGCCAGCCACGGCGGGGAAUCACGGAUGCACGCCUUCGCCUUCUAGUGUUGGAUUCAGCGAGUGGCUAAGCUGAGCUUCGUUCUAAGCUAAGCGGGAUCGGUGGGUGCCGGAGGCAAAAUGAGUGGCUUUCGCCUCACCUGGCUGGAGGCACGCAAGGUGUUUGCAAGAAUGCUUAGCAGUGGAGGCGCGGCCAGCGUAAGUAGGGAUGUUCUGGUGGAUGCCUUAGACCCCGCCAAGCGCCUAUGCAAGCUCAUCAUCACCUGCCGGAAGGCCUCCGCGCUGGAGCACGAGCUCGACCACAGCGGCGUCCGCGUCACGCCGGAGGUCGCGGAGCGUGUCCUGGAGCGCCUCGACAAUGCCGGCAUGCUCGCGUACCGCUUCUUCGAAUGGGCGCGGAGGCAGAAGCGCGGCGGGUGCGCUCACACCGUGCGCUCCUUCCACACGGUGGUCGCGUCCCUCGCCAAGAUCCGGCAGUACCAGCUCAUGUGGGAUGUCGUGGGCGUCAUGCGCAAGGAGGGUGUGGCCAAUGUUGAGACGUUUGGUAUCAUCAUGCGCAAAUAUGCCCGGGCGCAAAAGUUCGAUGAGGCUGUUUACACUUUCAACGUCAUGGAGAAGUACAGUGUCGCCCCCAACCUUGCUGCCUUCAACAGCUUGCUCAGCGCGCUGUGUAAAUCUAAAAACGUGCGCAAGGCGCAGGAGAUCUUUGACAAGAUGAAUAAUCGGUUCAUUCCUGAUGCCAAGACCUAUAGCAUCUUGCUUGAGGGCUGGGGGAGAGCACCGAACCUACCAAAAAUGCGGGAGGUCUACAGUGAGAUGCUUGAUGCUGGUUGCCAACCUGACAUCGUCACAUAUGGUAUCAUGGUUGAUGCACUCUGCAAGACAAGGCGAGUUGAGGAGGCUGUUCGUGUUGUGCAGGACAUGAGCUCCAGGGGAUGCCAACCGACAACCUUCAUAUACAGUGUCUUAGUGCAUACUUAUGGAGUUGAGAUGAGGAUUGAGGAUGCUGUCGCAACAUUUUUGGAUAUGGAGAAGGAUGGGAUUGUGCCUGAUGUUGUUGUGUACAACGCGCUCGUCACUGCCUUCUGCAAAGUGAAAAAGUUUGACAAUGCCUUUCGAGUCAUGGAUGACAUGGAAGGUCAUGGAAUCACCCCAAAUUCAAGGACCUGGAACAUCAUCCUAAAUAAUCUGAUUAGCCAUGGAAAGGACGAUGAGGCAUACAGGGUCUUCCGCAGCAUGAUUAAGCGCUGCCAACCAGAUUCUGAUACUUAUACCAUGAUGAUAAAGAUGUUCUGUGAGAAUGAUAAGAUAGAGAUGGCACUGAAGGUAUGGAGGUACAUGGGCUUGAAGCAGUUUCUUCCGAGCAUGCACACAUUUUCUGUGCUGAUCAAUGGUCUGUGUGACAAGGGUGAGGUUAGCCAAGCUUGUGUCCUGCUUGAAGAUAUGAUAGAGAAGGGCAUUAGCCCUCCUGGUUCGACAUUUGGCAAGCUGAGGCAGCUGCUUUUGAAAGAAGGAAGGAAGGAUGUGCUUGACUUUCUUGUUGAGAAAAUGAAGAUCCUCAUUCAAGAACCUUUGUUUGAUUGAUCCUUCACUUCUCCAAUGGGUUCAUGCAUUUUAAUGUGCCACUUCAGCUGUUGGGCAUAUGCAGUUACUGUUUAGGCUUUAUGGAUGAAUAUAAAAUUGAAGGAUGACAGGUUACCCAGCCAAGCACUGGCCUUGCUAUUAACAUCUCACUCAAUUAUUACUAUCAAACAUCUCAUUGCCAAAUUGGCAAUUUGUUGUAUAGGAAGACUCAGACUUGAGUCCUCUAAAAGAGAUGAAUUACAUGUGAUCAAUGGAUCAAGAGGAGCUGUUAGGCUCAAGAAUCCUGCAAGAACCGGUGUCAGCCACACAUGUCCAUGUUCUGAACUCGAGAGCUUCGUGCCAACUUGUUCAGGCACAAGUCAGUACUACCUCGAAAUUGGUACUAGUCUGAGCACUUGAUCCGUGGAAAAGGGUGUCGCAUUGGUCAAGUAUUUAAAAUGAUGAAUAGAGUUGCUCGGUUGCUCCUACAUGCAGUACAACUAGCUCCAUGCUGUCAAAGUUGCUCCUUCCCUUCCAAAAUGAGACUUUCAAGAGGGAGGCCAAGAAAAUUGCUGAGCUCUAGAAGGCUGUGGAUUGCAUGUUUGGCGUUCCUGUGCAGAUAAGAAAGGUAAACCAAAUGAAUUGCUAAUGCUUUUUUCUGCUGAACUGAAGUUUCCCUGUUACAUGGGACAGACUGUAUCAUGUGCUCUCCUUUUCUUUUGUAAAACCAGUUAGCAUUGCCAUUUGUAAAGCUAGAUAAAAGAUAAAGGUGAAUAAUGUUUUGGUUUUGAACAAGUAGCCGAGUAGGUGUUUUUGAUAUGGUGUUAGAUCUUCAACCACUUGACAGACUUCAGUAUAAGAUUUGACAGCUUGUGCUUUUUGUCCAGUACGGUUGUACAUCACUUGAG